AGUAUGGCUUUGCAGAAAUUGAUGUUGCACAAACAUUGGCCUAUGCUAAGCAAGGCGACCUCUAAUGACGGUGUACCGACACCUGGCUAUUUGCUAACAGAAAUUGCCAAAUUGACGAGGGAGUCUCCUCAGACGUGUGCGUAUGUGGAAGACUUUCUAGUUGACAAGUUGAAGUCUUCUUCUGCUGACGUUAAGCUUAAGGCAUUGAAGAUUAUGAUUUUUACGUGUGAUAAUGGCAGUUCAAACUUUCGGUUUGACAUUCGAAGACGGAAUGAACAAAUUAGAAACUGUACCACAUUUCAUGGGCCACCAGAUGCAUUACGUGGUAAUGCUCAAUACACAUAUGUUAGAGAAGCAGCAUCAAAAUUGAUGGAGACUUUGUUUGCUGAGGUAGAAACAGUCAAACCAAAGCUAUCCAUUGGAGCUGUAUCGUCAGGGUCUAGGUUUUCAUCAGGAGAAAGGAGUUUUAGGAGUUUUAGUAGUUCACAACCUGGCAGGAUGUCAAGCUGUGAGAAUCCUUUUAAUAAAGGAGUGUCUGAAGACAAAUCAAUUGUUGGAAAAUUUCAAGAUAAACUGUCUGGUAUUGCUCAUGUUGUUCAUGAUAUAGCAAAAGGCAAUGACCAGAAGUCAAGCUUAGCAAGACAUGAAAGUUCGCUAUUAGAAUCAUCAUAUUUGUCACAACAACACACUGCAGAGACUGAGCAUGCAUUUGACCAUUCGUCACCACAAACUUGGAGUCAUAGUCAUAGCAGUUCUACUGAUACAUAUGUACCCACAAGUGCAUCUCGAGAUGAUUGGUUACAAGAAAAUAAUCUUGUAGAUGAUAUUACAGCAUCAGGUGGCAUUAGAGCUGCUCCUCCUCGAGAAAAAGUAGUUAACUUUGUGCACAGGUGCAAGACUCUGAAUAUUGAAAAGAUAUUUGAGGCUUUGCAGAGGAAGCUGCAGAAUACAGAUACAUUUCAAACACAAAUAAAAGCUCUCUUUGUUGUUGAAGCUCUCUUUCACUCUGAUAUUGCUGACAUUGAAGAGUACGUGAUGGGACUUGAAAACGAUUUACUUGUUAUUUGCAAGACUGGUCAGCCAACCGCCCAGACAAAGGCUUCUAAGAUAUUAAGAGAAUUAAAUCCUGACAUGACUGACGGGUUAUCCUCAACAACUAAACAAACAGAACAAAAAUUGUGCCCCCCACAGUCAACUACAAUAGUUGAUAUUACAGAUGGCAGUAGUUCCAACACCAAGCCAAUUCAUCAAGUCAGAAUGUCUGAAACAUCGCUGUUUACUGGAGUUACAUUGGUAAACCUGUCUGGAGAGAGUUUUUCUGCUGACAGUUCAACAGCUGUUUCUACAUCAUUAAUGUUUGGAGGAAUGACUAUGAAGACAAAUCAAGGUAGCAACUUUGGUGCAUCAGACUAUUCAGUUUCUGCUUCAGAUCAUACUGAUACCGGAAACAGUGCAUUACCAGUAGAUCUUGAUUUUCUUGACAAUUCAACAGCAAUUUCUGCUAUGUCUGCAACAGAGCAACAGACUUCCAAGGAGAUUUCACUGAUGCCAGGCCUUGAAACUGAUUCUGUGCAACAGUUUGACCCACUGGCUAGUAGUGGUUCAGUGAACGCAGUUACAGUUUCAGAGCACAGUUUCUCUUCUUCUGCUCCUUUGGCUUCUGUUACUCGACCUGGUUUUGUACAUCCUGUGUUGUCUCCAUCAUCAGUAGCUUCACAUUAUCCUCAAGUUUUUUCUGGUCGAGCACCAGUACUUGCUUAUGGACUACGGUGGUCACAUCCUGUUCCAGGCUCUGUCUCUGUGCAACCUAUGGUGGUUCCUGGUGUAGGCCAACAAGGAGCUGUGAGGCUACAACAAAAGAAAUCGAGCCCUGGAGAUUCAGGCAGUUUCCAGUUUAUGUCGUCAAGUAAGGGUGGAGCUUUUGAUUUUGUUCAAGAUGCAAUGAAAGAGUCACUUGUCAAGAAGCAGGUGGCAAAAUCAGAAACGAAUGGUUAGCAGAUGUCAUGUUUACAGCACAUGUAGAGUGAUUUGUGUUGGUCGAUCACACUUUGAUGGUUGGUAACCAAGUUUAUUCCAACUGUCGUACCUUUUUGUUUAGAUUUAAUUGUUACAUAUGGUUAUGACAUGCUAUAUUCCCAGUAAUAUGACAAUUUCGUAUUGAUCAGAUCACGUAUAAUCAACGAUAGCGAGUC